AAUACAUUAACGUUCAUUACAUUAACAUGACAUUACGUUUAUAUUUUUAUUUUUAAAUAGACUUGUUACAAUUUUUCUUUUUAUUGUGUGCUUAUUAACCAUUUUAUUCAAGGUAUUUGAUGAAAGUGUUAAAAAAUAUAGAAAUAAACUUAAUAAUAUAUUUUGUUAUUUUAUGUCACAAUUGAAGUGAAUGUUUUGACAGUUUAUUUAAAACAAGUUUUCUAUACUAUGCUUCAAUCUAUCACCGAUAUAAGUAUUCAAAACCAGAGAUUUUUCCAGUAAAAGAGAAUUUUAAUAGUUUAUAAAACCACCUGUCGGUCCAAGAAUUUGGUGAUAUUUUUAAUCAACAUGAGUCUUUCAAAGUUGCCUGUAGAGUUGUCAAUGAAAUAUUUAAUUGUGUUGUAUUCCGAUCCUAUACGAACGAAAUCAAUAUCCAGCUGUGUCAUUGCCUCGCUGGGCAACGUUGUUUCACAGUGUAUCGCAGGUGCUUUCUGCUCAAAAAAUUUCGAUUUUAACAACUUAAGAGCACACGCUUUGUUCGGCCUAAUUUUUGGGGGGACUGUGCCUCAUUAUUUCUUUAAAUUGCUGGAUGACCUAGUGGCACAAAGGUCUAAGUAUGGGGUCAUGAUGAAGCUUCUGAUAGAAAGGCUAAUUUAUGCUCCGUUUUACCACAUUCUUUCGCUUUACAUGCUCGCUAUAUUUCAGGGUAAAAGUCACGACGAAGCUGUGCAAAAUACAAAAAAACAAUUUCUCACUUUGCUUAAAGCGAACUGGAAAUUCAUAACAGUUCUGCAGUUCAUCAACUUAAAAUUUGUUCAUCCAAUGUUUAGAGUUUUAAUACUAAACUUCAUCUGGCUUUUUUGGGGCAUCUAACUUAUAAACAGA